AUGGCAUAUGGGUUCGGGUAUGAUGAGUUGCACGAUGAUUACAAAUUGAUCGCAUUUUUCCGUGCCAGCCCGUUUGAGAAUGCUGAGGGUCAAGUUGUUGAAAUUUAUAGUCAAAGGACUAAUUCCUGGAAGAGGAACGAGUAUUCCAUAAACUAUCCCAUUUGGCAACUUAAAGGGGGAUGUUUUGUUGGCGGGAAGCUCCAUUGGAACGCAAAUUUUCGUCCCGAGGAGGAAGAUCGCUAUCGUCCACGGAAAGUUGUUGGUAAAAUUGUUAGUUUUGAUUUGGCUCAUGAGACUUGUGGGGUGAUAGAAUUUCCCGAAAAUUAUAAGGGAAAGUCGAGUGGUAAAGGAUGGAGUAUAGGAGUUCUAGGGGAAGGAUGCCUUGCUUUCCUUUGGAUUCAAAUUCCCGAGGUAGAUGUCUGGAUUAUGACCGACUAUGGAGCUACACAAUCUUGGACCAAAAUGUGCUCGAUUCGCUAUCCUGCAGGUCUUGAAUGUCGGAUUGGAUUCGACAUUGAUGUCCAACCUGUGUUCUUAACAAAGAGGGGGGAGUUAUUGCUGAAACUUGAGUCCAGUUUGGUACUUUAUAAUCCAGAAGAUGGUACAUACAAGAAUCUCGACAUGAGAUAUAAAUUGCGGUAUCUUCCUGGUUUUCUUAAGGUGGUUAUGUAUGAUGAAAGUUUAGUUUUGCUUGAUGCCCAUGAUGGAUUAAAUAUGCGAUUGUCUUAA